AGAUCCCAAAGCAUUUUCCCUACAACUGCUAUAAUUGAUUUUGUUAUCUCAAAGCUUACACUGUUUAUAGUUUGCUUACCUGCGCAACAAAAUGACACUCUUUGGUAAGAUGGAGGCUGAAGUAGAGAUCAAAGUUUCUGCUGAAACAUUCCAUGAUAUCUUCAGCUGCAGACCACACCACAUUCCCAAUAUGAGCCCUGCCAAGAUAAAGAAUGUUGAUCUACAUGAAGGUGAAUGGGGGAAGCCGGGCACUGUAAUCAGCUGGAGUUAUGUACAUGAUGGGGUUGCUAAGACUGCCAAGGAUGUUAUUGAAGCUAUAGACGAUGAGAAGCUGUCAACCACCUACAAAGUGAUUGAAGGAGACAUCACCACGGAGUACAAGAAUUUCAUAGUCAUCGUUCAAGCUACUCCCAAGGGAGAGGGCAGCUGCUUGGCUCACUUUACUUUGGAAUAUGAGAAGCUAAACGAGAACGUUCCAGAUCCCCAAACGUUGCUUGAGUUUUGCAUCCAUUUCAGCAAAGACAUUGAGGAUCAUCACCUUACCCAGCUACCAACAGCACAGGCAUGAAUGAUCGGUUAGUAUCAUAAGCGUGCAUGCUGCUGCUGCUGCUGUCUUGAAUUGAAAAUGACUACCGGCGUGGAUGAAUAAUAAGAAGCGGUGUGCUGGGGACAGGCGCCUGUUCUCCUGUAAUUUAUCAAUAAACUUGUGUGGGGUCCACUGAAACUUAAAGGUCGGGGCUUCUUAUUUAUAGGUUUCAGUAGCCUGCCGGGCGGGCGGGCCUAGCUGUGUGACAUGAUGUGCAAGGGCUUUGUGUGAAGUUAAUGUAUGCUUUGAUGUGUGCGAUUCAAGAUGUUAAAA